AGUCACAGAAUGGCCUCGUUGAAUUAAUCUUCCAAUUUUACUUGAACGAUCUCGCUACACUUGGUGAAAUGUCGUUUAUAUGUCUUACUUUGCAAUAGCUUCUACCAGUCAUACUAAACCAAGUUGAGUCUCUAUUGGCGAUGAAAGUCAUCAUCGUUGGGGCUGAUCUAAGCGGCCUUAGCACCGCCAUCGCGCUCCGCAAAUUUAUCCCCGACAGUCAACCACUUGAGAUCAAAAUCUAUGACAACAUUAACCGGGCUACCGGCCAAGCUACAGAGCAAGCCAUGCCGAAGUUCAUCACUAGUCGGCUAAGCGCCGGGUUAGGGCUCCAAGCUAAUGGACUUCGUGUCCUGGAAGACCUCAACCCGGCGCUGAGGCGGAGGGUUUACGCGGCUGGUUUCCCGUGUACGCGCUUCACGUAGCCAGGGUGAUCGCGCGCCAAGGAAGAAGGCCUGUGGUUCAAUUCGAAGACGGGUUGGCAG